GCCUUGGAACCGCCCUUUCCGGUCAUGUGACGUUUAGGAUAGUUUGUUCCGCGCGUCUUCUUUUGUUGGCGGGUGUUUGUUGACUGCCAGACUCGGGGAAGGUUUGCCUCACGUUUUAUUGUGACACUGUUAUCCUACUUAUCGCUGCCGUCACUUAUAAAUAAAAAACAUGUCUGACCUGACCAGAGGUAGAAGAUUGGAUGAUAACACCGAACUAGGGGACAGGUCUCAUGGCCCAUCACGGUGGUCCCACUGCAGGAAACGAGGCAUUGAUGGUAGCUUGCGCUCCAGGAGAGAUGAUGAUGACGAUCGUGAAGAUGACACUCGCACGAACAACAGAAAUGCCAGUUUUACCACUCCAGAAAGCAGACGCCCAGCGUCUCGCAUUGCAAUGCUACACACUGAUUGGGGCAGCCGGGUGGAGGAGGACGACAAGAUGAGGAGAGAUGUGCAGAGAGACAUGCAGCGUUACAGGAGGAGGAUACUUGCUGCAGAAGUCACCCAAAGAGAGAGAAAGACAUCGUCUGGCUCUUCUAGCAGCUGUGACUCCAAAGAGGGGGAAAACAUUGAAAUGGACGAGGCUGUGUUGGUACGACGACAAAAACAGAUCAACUAUGGCAAGAAUACACUGGCCUAUGAUCGAUACAUCAAAGAGGUUCCCAAGCACUUGCGACAGCCAGGUGUUCAUCCAAAAACUCCUAAUAAGUUCAGGAAAUACAGUCGGCGGUCCUGGGACCAGCAGAUCAAAUUAUGGAAGGUCAAACUACAUGCGUGGGACCCCCCAGCAGAAGAGGGAGGAGAUGCCAAUGAUGUUGAGGAACUCCGUCUUGAAGACGUCAUGGACAUUGAGCUGGACUUUCCCAUACUAUCUGAUGCUGGCAAUGGUACUUGCUCCUUCAGCACUCACAGUCGGUCACUGGAGGAUGAUGACUGUGCUGGAACUCCUGUCAAAAUGCAGAAGACAGACACCACAGCAGAGUUUGACAUGGCAUAGCUGAUUGCUUGUCCUGUUGUUAAAUGUUCAUACUAGUUUAAUAUUUUACAUUCACUCCUCCAACAAUAUUUAUUUGAUUUUUUUUUUUUCUUAAAUGCAAUCCUUUGGAUCCUCCAGGUAUAACCCACGACACAUGCACUCUAAGCAGUGCCUUACUAAAAUUACGAAUGACUCAGGGAUUGUUUUCUUUUGUUUUUUUCAGUAUUAUAAGAGUUUAAUUGGCUUAUGUGUUGCUGUUUAAAGAUUCACUUGAAACAUACAUACGAUGGUGAACUGUUGCAGAUAAAUGUAAUACAAAUAUGUUCCUUUUAAUGGAUCACUGUUGUAAAGCUUGAUUUCAUUGUAUACUUUUAAAAGUGGGAAGGACA